AAGCUAUAAACUUCCGCCCUGCUCGCGCGCAGGUCCUUUCCUGAGAGCUGAGGCAGCAUGGGUCGUGUAAGGACAAAGACAGUGAAGAAGGCUUCUCGACUCAUCAUUGAGAAGUACUACACCCGACUAGGCAACGACUUCCACCUCAACAAGAGGGUGUGUGAUGAGAUCGCCAUCAUCCCCAGCAAGCCUCUGCGCAACAAAAUAGCAGGAUAUGUGACACAUUUGAUGAAGAGGAUCCAGAGGGGUCCGGUUCGAGGCAUCUCGCUCAAACUCCAGGAAGAAGAGAGAGAGAGGAGAGAUAACUACGUCCCUGAGGUCUCGGCUCUGGAUCAGGAGGUCAUUGAGGUCGAUCCUGACACCAGAGACAUGCUGAAGAUGCUGGACUUCGGUGGCCUCUCGACGCUCCAGGUUACUCAGCCAGCCGUCGGAAUGAACUUCAGAACUCCAAGAGUCUAAUUGCUUCCAGUUAAUGAAGAAAUAAAGACAAAUUAAUUCUCAAA